CCUUACAUUUUGGGUUAUUUACUUCUUUUUAACGUGUUUGACGAGGGCAUCUUGUAUUUAUAUUACACUAAAGAAAUCAUAAUCAUGAGCACAGCAACAAGGAAGGAUUGCUUUUAGUAAUAGUUAUUAAUAUUUCCUAAAUGGUGAAUAUUUCGUCAUGCGUAGAAGGGUUUUAGCUGUUGUUCUGAUGUAAACAAAACAACACUUUUCUUAAAUUUCUUGUUAAACAUAUCAAUGUGAUUAGUUAACUCAUACAAACCAUUUUAUUAAUAAACCAAAAAAAAACUAAAAAAUAAGUUAAAACAACUGUUUUGCGAACAGCAUGGCGCGCCCGUGUUUUCUUGGUAUAUGGCCAUGCAUCAUAUUAAAUACUCCAUUGUAGACAGAUACUCUGCGUGAGUUUGUUAACAUAUAAUUAAAAGUUUAUAUUAUUAAGAAAGUUGUCAAUAUUGAACGACUAUUUCCAUUUAAUACAUCGGUGAUUGAAACUCAUACUACGAAACCACUCCUUAUGAUCUUCAUGUGAAGUGUCUUAAUUAGCUUCAUAAUUUCUUAAUUGUUGUGAAAAUUGUCUGAUAACGUUUGUAUAUCCUGCUUAAUAUCACAGUCAAUUUUGAAGCAGAAAAUAUGGAUACUAUAUUUUUCAUUUUUAAAUUUGUUUUUAUUCUAUUGUUUCUACCUAGUCACCAGUGUGCAGAGCCAAAGGUCGUUUCUGUCAUUCCCCAAUUCCCGGACAACGUUACCAUCCCAGACUCGGAUUGUGAAAGAUGCCUGGUGGGAACGGUUGGCGUCUACAUUAACGUGGAAUGUGUUGUUCUUGGAAUAAGCAAGAAAGACCUGAUCCUUGCGUUGAAGCUGAAAAGAAAUGGACAAGAUGUCCCCAAUGUUAAUGUGGACGAUUAUCCAUUUUAUCGAGCAUUAUAUUCGUACAUGCCGAGUGAAGAUGAUACAGAUCAUACCGUUACUUGCGAGGCUACUCAAGAUGGCCAACAACCCAAAAUAGUAUCAAUCACUCUGCUCGUUUUGCGGAAACCAUCGAUACCUACAAUAAUGCUGCCGGAAUCGAUCAAAGAAGGAAAGCAUGCACCUAUUAUUUGCAAAACCUUCAAUGCCAGACCUGAGCCAAGACUCUACUUCAUGUACAAUUCCACAACUUACAAUACAAGCAACAGCUUUUCCAAAAUGAAAGGCGAUAAAACAGUUGAUGUGAAAACAAUAUUAGACAUCACUUUCAGUCGAUAUGACAAUUCAGGGAGUUUAACUUGUUGUGUUGAGUUUAGAGAGUAUGACAAGAACACACCGAAAAUAAAAACAAAUUACUCGACUUCUGCCUUUGAUGUUUUAUUCCCACCGAAGUUUAUACAGCUUGAAGAAUUAAACAGAACAAACGAUGAAGAAGGUAAUACGAGUCUCCGGUUGCAGUGUACAAGCGACGUAUCUAAUCCAGUUAGUAAAAUAAGAUGGAACAUUGAGUCCAAUUUUCAAUAUGAAUCCUCCCAGGAAAAGGAAAAGGAUGAACAAUUGUCUGGAUUUGUAAGGACUAUGAUGUUAUCUGCCAACCUCACUCGACAUAACAAUGGAGAACAACUAUCAUGUUACAUAGAAAAUCCUGAGUUCCCAGAGAUCAAAGUAAUCAAAACCUAUAAAAUCAACAUUACUUACAAGCCGUUCAUCGGUUUUUCUCCCAGUUCUCCAGUAACAACCUACGUGGAUGACAGUAUAAGCGUUGUAUGUCAAUGUGACGCAAACCCAGCAGCUGAGAUAGUCUGGUCAAACACUUCCUCGAAUAAAAUAGGUAAAAGGAAUGAAGAUAGCCUAGAACUGAACUUGCAAUAUCACUCAACUGGUCGCCAUAAUUUCACGUGUAAUGCGAAAAACACAAUUGGUUCGGCGGUAAAUGAAGUUUUCAUCUUGGUCAAAGAAAAGCCAUUUAAAACAACAAUACCGAUGCCAAGGCCUACGUCAUCAUCCACCGGUAAAAACAACUCUUCCUCCAUGUUGAUCGGUAUCAUUUGCGGCUGCCUAGCGGUGCUAAUUAUUGUGUUAGUAGCUGUCGGGUGCGUGGUGUUAUCUAGAAGAAGAAAGAAAACCCCGACGAGAGAAGGUUCUUACAGUGUGCAUAUUCAGGAGCGACAACCGAGUUUUCAACCGCUAGGUCCUGUGUACGACAAUCUGGCUGGUUCCAAUAACGGUGAUGCUCCAUCUGAAGCUAUUGCUGAACCAGUUGAGUACGCCUGUGUUGUUAAAAAGGAAGAGAGACAAACUACAAAACCUCAGGCCGAGGAUGGAGCACUCAUCUACGCUGAUCUUGAUCUACCUGCAGAGGGUUCCACACGAGGGAAGCCAGCAGUGAAUUUAGACGUCGGAACAACAUACGUGUCAAUCGAUAUUGCUCAGACAGCUAAAAUGAAAGGAUCUGUGUUAAACGAUUAGUUACAUGAGUUUCCUCGUGGAAAAUGACCCGAUUAUUAUUUGUUAAUUGAUGUAGCGUUGCUAGAUUUGUAUUUUACACUUUGAUCACUUAUUAUGCUUUGUAAGCCUAAUGUGUUUCUGUUAACAUAGUUCUGCUCCCUUUUAAUUGGUUGAGACCGAGGUCACAUAUACUUAAUAUAUAAUAAAUUUAAUCCUAUACAGAACCCAAGUGCGAACAUUAAUCACACAUAAGAACUGAAGCUAUAACAAUAGCAUUGAUUAUAUUCAUUUUGCUUAUCACUUUAUGUAUUUGUAAUGGGUCGUAACCGAUGUUGUUAAAACUAGUCGCCAAAUCAUUGUUCAUGUCCAUACUGAUAAAAUUUUGCUAUGCUACAUUACAAUGCUUUUUUAUAACUUUGUUUUCCUAAUUAUAUUGUGUUAAUGUUCUCUUAUGUCAUAACGUAUGAGUGUGACCUAUAUUCAACCUGCAUGUAGACACUUCAUUUUCUAAACCAAAUUAAAUCUGAUCAAAAUGUCACAAUGUACAAUUAAGAUUUGCACUGAAGGCAGCAGUGAAACAAAGUCAGUUAGCAGUAACGAAUUAUUCGUACUGUAUUUACAUACUUUAACGAAUUAUUCGUACUGUUUUUAUAUACUUUAACGAAAUAUUCGUAUUGUUUUAUAUACUUUCAAAUAUACUGUAUCGUACUGAU